AUGGAAAAAGUCCUCGACCAAUUCCAAUUCGAACGCGUCUUAUCCCACGAUCCCCGAUCAAAACUCGUCCACAUUCUCGGUCGUAUUAACGGCGAGCAUGCCAUUGUGUCGUUUGAAAAAGCACGUUAUGCUGACACUGACAUUCCGGAACUGGCUUCAAGAACAUGUCAGUUGGUAGAUUCCAACCACAACAAUAUCUAUGGCUGGGGCAUGGGCACUGUCAAGCUAGCGACGGCUGAUACCAACAUUAAAACCAUCUACCCUGCCACGGAACUGCAUAUCCGGAAGUACGAACACCAGCAACGUCAUAUGAUUAUCGAAACGCCCGACAUGUACAAACAGAUUACAUUGCCGUAUAUUCAGUCUUUGCCUGCUGAGCGUAUACAAUGGGUCUUUAACAUUUUGGAGGGCAAAUCUGAAGCGGAUCGGGUCUUGUACCGCAGCAAUGACCGAGAAACCGGCUUUGUGGUGUUGCCGGAUAUGAAGUGGGAUGGAACACAAGAGUCGUUGUAUUGUGUCGCUAUUGCCAUGCGUAGUGAUAUCUUGUCUUUGCGGUCAUUGAACCGCUCGCAUCUACCAUUGCUGAAGAACAUUCGCGAUACAGCGUAUCAGUUGGUCAAGGACAAGUAUGGCAUGGACAAGGAUCUGUUGCGGUUGUUUAUUCAUUAUCAACCAAGCUAUUAUCAUUUCCAUGUCCAUCUUACGGCUAUGUCGUUUGCGGAUGCGCCGGGUGUCGUAGCUGGUCAGGCACAUUUGUUGGAUACAGUGAUUGACAACAUCGAACUUUACGAUGAUUAUUAUCAACGUGCAAAGUUACCAUUUACCAUUGGCGAACGCCAUCCCUUGUAUUUAGCUCAUACAUCGCCAUAG